GAAUCGGGAAGGAUGGGCAAAAAAUAGUUCGGAGGAAGAAGGGCACGGGCAGCAGCUGCAGUUGUUGUUACAGCCGGUGUUGAGAAGUCACAGCCGGACAUGGCUGAGCAGGAUGUGGAGAACGAGUUGUUGGACUAUGAGGAGGAUGAAGAGCCUCAAGCAUUGCCUGAUGCAGCCCCUGUCAUUGCUAAAAAGGAUGUGAAGGGCUCUUAUGUCUCCAUUCACAGUUCUGGCUUCCGUGACUUCCUGCUGAAGCCAGAGCUCCUUCGUGCUAUUGUGGACUGCGGCUUUGAGCACCCAUCAGAAGUGCAGCAUGAAUGCAUUCCACAGGCAAUCCUUGGCAUGGAUGUCCUCUGCCAGGCUAAGUCAGGCAUGGGCAAGACGGCUGUUUUUGUAUUGGCGACACUACAGCAGAUUGAGCCGGUGGAUGGACAGGUGUCUGUGUUGGUGAUGUGUCACACUCGGGAGCUGGCCUUCCAGAUCAGCAAAGAAUAUGAGCGCUUCUCUAAAUACAUGUCCAACGUCAAGGUAUCAGUCUUCUUUGGUGGCCUUUCUAUCAAGAAGGAUGAAGAGGUGCUGAAGAAGAAUUGUCCACAUAUUGUGGUGGGGACCCCAGGCCGUAUUCUUGCGCUGGUGCGCAAUAAGACACUCACCCUGCGCAAUGUCAAGCAUUUUGUGUUGGAUGAGUGUGACAAAAUGCUUGAGCAGCUGGACAUGCGCCGUGAUGUGCAGGAGAUUUUCCGACUGACACCCCAUGAGAAGCAGUGCAUGAUGUUUAGUGCCACGUUGAGCAAAGAAAUCCGGCCAGUCUGCAGGAAGUUCAUGCAGGAUCCCAUGGAAGUCUUUGUGGAUGACGAGACCAAGCUGACUCUGCAUGGCCUCCAGCAAUAUUAUGUGAAGCUGAAAGACACAGAGAAAAACCGCAAGCUCUUUGACCUACUGGAUGUAUUGGAAUUCAAUCAGGUUGUGAUAUUUGUGAAGUCAGUGCAGCGCUGCAUGGCAUUAGCUCAGCUUCUGGUUGAACAGAACUUUCCAGCGAUUGCAAUUCACAGGGGCAUGUCCCAGGAGGAAAGGCUGUCAAGAUACCAGCAAUUCAAGGAUUUUCAGCGCCGGAUUUUAGUGGCCACUAAUCUGUUUGGCCGUGGGAUGGACAUAGAACGGGUCAACAUAGUCUUUAACUAUGAUAUGCCUGAAGAUUCUGAUACCUAUUUGCACAGGGUGGCCCGAGCCGGACGCUUUGGCACAAAAGGUUUAGCCAUUACUUUUGUCUCGGAUGAAGGGGAUGCCAAAAUUCUCAAUGAAGUGCAGGAUCGCUUUGAGGUCAAUGUGGCUGAGCUCCCCGAAGAGAUAGAUAUCUCCACAUAUAUUGAACAGAGCCGGUAGCAUGCCUUGGGUGGAUUCUCCAUACCUCGACCAGUGCAGGAACUGUGGCCAAGCGCACCGUACCGCUCUCUCCUGCUGAAGCUGGAUAUUUCCUUUUUUAAAAGGGGGCGUAAAAGCCUACUGUUAAACCUAUAGGGGUAUGUGUUCUAAUGCCAAAUGUAUCACAAGUUGCCCAUGUGAUAUUUUGCCUCAGGUUUACCCUGUGGCCUUUUAAAAAAAUUAAAUGUUUCUAUUUUCUGAA